GAGUUUUGCUUUAGUUAACAGGCAGUUCAAUCCUUCCGUCAUUUUUCACCUCUUUGGAGAUUUGCCAGCCCUUUUCACAGUAGAGGCCCCUUGCCAGGGUUCAGAGCACACCACCCCAACAUUCACUAAAUGGAGCACACAGGGCUUUCUCCUUUGCAGUGUGUAAAUCAGCUUAAGCAAUGGAUAUUAUAACUUCAAUAUUUACUGUUAAUUUCAGUUAGAAUUGAGUGCUAUAUGAUAAGAAGGUACCCUGGAGGAAGAGGCUAUUGUUAUCAAAUGCAAAAGAUUGUUUGCUCAUGCUGGUGUACAAGGAUAAAUCUGAACGAGCAAAAGGGCAUAAGGAGAGGAGCAGCGUGACCUUAGAAGACAUCUGUGGCUUGGAUCCUGGGCUCCCCUAUGAGGGCUUGAAUCACACGCUUGCAAUCAUCUGUCUCUCUCAAGUUGUGAUGCUGGGAUUUGAGAACAAGGAAACAAUGUAUGCGUGGGAUGUACGAAUCCGCUACAGUUUGGGGGAAGUUCAUAGGUUUCAAGUUUUUGUAGCACCUGGCACUAAACUGGAGAGCGGGCCUGCUACCCUGCACUUCUGCAAUGACAUAUUUGUCCUUGUAAAAGACCUUCCUCCUAGUGUCAUGGGGCAGUGGAAGCUCUCAGAUCUGCGUCGAUAUGGAGCUGUCCCAAAUGGAUUCAUCUUUGAAGGGGGUACCAGGUGUGGCUUCUGGGCUGGUGUGUUUUUCCUUUCUUGUGCUGAAGGAGAGCAGAUCAGCUUUCUGUUUGACUGCAUCGUCCGUGGCAUCUCCCCGACGAAAGGCCCUUUUGGUUUGCGUCCAGUCCUACCAGAUCCAAGUACAAAUCCAGCUUAUUCAGAAGAAAGAUUGGCUCAUGAAGCUUUGCAAUUAGAGAAGCGCUUGAGCUUGCUGUCCCAUACAAGUCGCCAGGGCAGUGGAGGAGAUGAUAGAAGUCUUUCAAGCUCAUCUUCAGAUACCAGCCACUCAGAUGUUAGUGUUGGGAGCAGAUUGACAAUUUGGCCUGAACAGUCUUCAGCCAGCACUUCUCAGGAGAGUCACGGACUGGCAGCAGCAAAGGGCAUUCAUCUUGGGGAAGAAAAGACCCAUCCGGAAGGGGCACGUGGCACGAGUAAACCACCUCCAAAGCCUCUCCGAUCCAGACAGCUGCAGGAAAUUGGUCGUCAGAGUUCUUCUGACAGUGGAAUAGCUACUGGUAGUCACUCUUCUUACUCUGGAAGCUUCUCUUCCUAUGCUGGGAGCUUGGACAUUUGCCAUGGUGAUGAGUUUGGAUCAUUGCUAAGCUUGCCAUUGAACUUUCCUUCAGAUCAGAAUUUAUGUACUUGUCCUCACAGUGAGUCCCGGAGAGGUGCAGGCUCAGAGUAUCAGGUUCCCAGCUCUCUCAAACAUGUUUAUGAUAUCCCCAGGAGUUUGUUACAGGCAGCUGGUAAAGAUGUGCAGCUGAAGAGUGCAGAUUCCACGCAACCCAAGGACCAGACCUUCUCACCUCAAGGCACUAGUGACCCAAAAUUGCUGGUACCACACUUGGAAGCACGGAGGGCACCUGAGCACAGCCAGGACAGAGGGAGGCCUUCGUCCUUACUCUCAGAAAGCACCAAGGACUCAAGUGAUGAGACAUACGUGGAUUUUGUUUCAAGGUGGUCAGAUACAAAACCACAAGGAGAGGUGUCAGACUCCAAAAGUAGUGAGUUGGCACCACCUAGUGGAGUCUCAGCUGACCCCUAUGACACAUGUAACCCCCACCUUGGGAUGACAAGAGCUCUUUUUUCAGCUUGUCCAAUCUGUGGUGGAGUAAAGGUAAUAACUUUUGUGGUGUUUAUGCUCAAGCUGAGAGGCUUAGUACAUGGUUUUCUCAAAAUCUGUGCCUGAUCAAGAAAACACUGAACAAUACAAGCCAUCAAUCCUUACUUCUAAAUUGACCAGUUUUGAUUUUAGGUGUACGGAAGUGACUUGCAGUGGCGGUGCUAGAAGCUUUAUGGCACAGGGGAGGGCUGAAUUUGUCCUAUAGCAAUAACCUAGCGUGAAGGACAUUGAUCUGUCUUGGUGCUGGUGUUUCAUGAGAAGAAGAAAGGCAGACCAAAUAGUAUGUGCUGCUAUCUAGGGUGACCACAGUGCAUAUUUUUAUUUUUUUGGGGGUUUCCUUUCAUCAUGUUAGUUUGUGAGCAUGCCUCACACAAGAAGCAGCCAGAUCAGUGAAGCUUCUCACUGGGGAAAGAGAAGAUAGUCUAAUUAGCAUGCCAAUUCACAACAGGUCACCUAAUCUGGUAUCAUAUUUAUAACUGGUGGCCAGAGCCACAUGCUUUAGAGGAGGUGUACAGAAACUCAUUACUCGUCCACUAACAGGAUAGCCUCUUUCCAGAGAAAGUUCUUUUUGAUCACCAGUUGCAGAAAGGCUUAAAUCCUGAAGGAUGGAGAUUCGUAUGCCUUUUCUAAACACAUUUGUUUUCAGUUUCUGUUGGUAUGAUUUGGAAAAUCCUAUAAAUUUCUUUUGAAUGCUACUAAAUUCUUGGCUUUUUAUGGCAGUAAGCUUUAUAAAUUAAUUGUGCAUUGUAUGAAGAACAUAUUUCUGUUUCUGUCCCUUCUGGGGAAGACUUUGUUAAUGUUUUUGCUGAAGUGGAACAAGAUAAAGCUGUUUGUGCUGAUGGGGUCUUGAAAGGCUGGGAGGGUUAGAGAACGUGUUCAAAUAUAGGGAAUGUGUGAAGUAGAGGUUCAGCACAGAGAUGUUUGUUUGAGGAAUUAAGUACUGCCGUUGAAGUGUGUACAUUUUAAAUGAGCAUGUGGGAUUACAUAAAUCAGUGCUGUGUAAAGGGUUUGAGUGCAUAGUAUGCUAGAGAGAAACUACAAGAUUAUAAGCUUGAGGGACUGUUUUGUUCUGAAGCUUUUCAUGUGUUUGUAUCAUUGACUGUCUCCGCAAGCCUGCAAACUAGAAGAUGCUCUGUCUGAGGUACUUCUAUGGCCUCCAUCACGGCAGUGUGUGAGCACCUUGGACAUUGCCUUCUGUCGUAUAUUUAUUGUUGCAGCGUUUGGGAGGUAGGGAAGCGCUGGUGUAACAGGCUACAGUGUGUCUACCCUGAUGGUCAGGGUCAGUGUUUUUUCAAGGCCAUCCUUGCCAGCUGUCUAUGUCAAAGGCCCUCUUUAGCCCUCCAGCCUACUUCUGAAAGCUCUGUUGGACUCGAGGGCCUGUGAAUCAGCCUCCCGGUUCUGUUCUUUCUGCAGUGUGCUGCUUGUAUCUGCUGCCUGUAAUUAGAGAGGUGUGGGGAAGGAGGCACAAGACUGUUUCCUAAAAGGGCUCUGCCCUGGGAUCAGGAAGCUCCGGGAUUAAUUUGUUGUAAGCAGCAAGGAAAGAAUUAGCUGGGGUGGGGUUAGCUCACAUGGUCUAAAUGUUUGUGGGUGAUCUAACUUGUCAGUUUAGACAUACCUUCAGCAAUUUAUUGAAGUCUACCCUAGGGGGUGGCAGACAGGCACUUGAAAUUGAGUAUCCCAUUGUAAAUCUUCAAAACCAUUAAGGCUAAAUUAUGCCACUCCUUCCUUAGCUACCCGUUUGCUCCCCCACCUCCCCCAACUUCCCAAGUCUCAUUUUUAUUUUUCAUAUGUACCAUCAGGUUUUGUAGUGAUUCUCGUUGCCCUAAUAAUACCAGUUGGCAAGAAUCUCAGGAAUAAUCAGAAUUUUAACUUAAUGACAGAGAAAAAAUGGUGCAGCGCUCCUGCUAAUUCUUGCUUUAGCAUGAGAUAUGUUGUUUGCUUCUUUUUUCCUACCCAUUUGAAAGUAUUCUGAAAAGAGGCUUCAUUAAAUGAUUCAUGGGUUUGUUUCUACUUUUAAAAGAAAAAAAAUAACCUUUAGAUACAUUUUUCUGAAUAGUCAAAAUGAAUUAUUUUAGCAGUGUUCGAUGGACACUAUUUGUUUUUUCUCAUCAUGAAUACCGUGAAAGCACAAAUCCAUAUGCUGUAACUAAAAAUUAAUUCUUAUUGCUCAUUCUCUGAAAAGAAUACGUCUGAGAAACAGUUAGGGCCACAUUAGGGCUACAGUUAGUUUUCGCAUUUAUUCAAAUUCAUGUUCAAAAGGCUUUGUGCCAAUGUUUGGCAUGCCUAUGCAAUUUCAAGUUAAGCUGUUAAUUAAAUUUUGCUUAAAAUUGUGUUUUUAAUUGUUUUUAAAAGCCUACUAUUUAGAGAGAAUGUGUGACCUGGAUAAAGCAAAGUCUACAGCACCUAAGUAUCUCUUUAUUUUCUGCUCUGUAUGUAAACUUUGGAAAAUCAAGGUGAGAUCUGGGCAGGGUAUAGGAGUUCAGCAUGUGAAGGGUUGAAGACAGGUUGCAGGAUGGAGUCAUGCAUAUGGGGAAGGAUGGUGGCAUUUAUGUUUAGGAUGGACUAGGUUAAGAAUCACUUUGCCAGUGAUGAGGAUGAUGGUGAAAAUAAUGUAGGGAGAACACAUUCUGGGAAAGUGCCAAGAUUCAAACAGAACAUAGGGCAAGGAAUUUGUGUUUCACUCUGGAUGAAGAAUAGAAAUAACAUGAAAAAAACCCCACCAAACACUGCUUCUAUUACUUCUGUAUCAUAUUUUGUAUUAGACAUUGGGGAUUAGUAAGCAAGCGUGCAGGGUGUUUUGUGUUCUGUUGUAUGUUGCCACAGUGUGCUGAAGAUGUCUUUCAUUACACGCUUGACAAGGUGUGCCUUUGCCACUUAAUUUUUUACCUAGGUGAGUUCUUUGUGUAGUAUAAGGAUAUUUUAAGCUCAGAAUGUUGGAUUGCUGUGGGAUUUUAAAGUAAGCUGCAGAGAUUUAUUAUUAGGCUCUAUUUUUCAAUUUUCAGAUGCCUGGCUGAUAACGGUAGGAAUAGCAUUUCACCGUACGUAUGUUGCUCUGUAACUUCGUUUGAUGCUAUAGCUUGAGAAACGUUGUCAACCUUUUUUAUAGGGUGUCUUUUUUUUAAACUCCAUGAUUGUUUGUAAAUUUUCUUAGAAGUCUGAAAAUAAAAUUAUUUUCCAACUGCUUUUGUCCCUUUCCAUCUGCUAAGUACUGUUUUUAUUUUUGCUUUGCUUUUUCUCCCCUGAUCCUCCUCCUCUUACGUUUUGAAUGAAUGUGGAACAAUUAUGGCUGUUUCUUGGUACUACUUAGUGUGGUGUGCUCGCAUCGGUGUUGACAACUUGAAAUGUGCCUAUUAGGAGGAAUGACUUUUCUGUGUUUCUGGCUUACCCUAAACUCAUCUUUAUGUU